GCGCGGGGGCUGCCGGGAGCUGUAGUCCGGGCGGGCCCGGUGCGGAGCGAUGCAGAAAUACGAGAAGCUGGAGAAGAUCGGGGAAGGGACCUACGGGACCGUGUUCAAAGCCAAGAACAGGGAGACCCAUGAGAUCGUGGCGUUGAAGAGGGUCCGGCUAGAUGAUGACGACGAGGGUGUUCCCAGCUCUGCUCUGCGGGAGAUCUGCCUGCUCAAGGAGCUGAAACACAAGAACAUCGUCAGGCUGCACGAUGUCCUGCACAGUGACAAGAAGCUGACGCUGGUGUUUGAGUUCUGUGACCAGGACCUGAAGAAAUACUUUGACAGCUGCAAUGGGGACCUGGACCCUGAGAAUGUCAAGUCCUUCAUGUACCAGCUGCUGAAGGGCCUGGCCUUCUGCCACAGCCGGAACGUGCUGCACAGAGACCUCAAACCCCAGAACCUGCUGAUCAACAGAAACGGGGAGCUCAAACUGGCCGACUUUGGCUUGGCUCGGGCCUUCGGGAUCCCUGUGCGCUGUUAUUCGGCAGAGGUUGUCACGCUGUGGUACCGUCCCCCUGAUGUGCUGUUUGGUGCCAAGCUCUACUCCACCUCCAUAGACAUGUGGUCAGCGGGCUGCAUCUUUGCAGAGCUGGCCAAUGCUGGGCGGCCCCUGUUCCCGGGGAACGACGUGGACGACCAGCUGAAGAGGAUUUUCCGGUUGCUGGGAACCCCAACUGAAGAGCAGUGGCCGGCCAUGACCAAGCUCCCAGACUACAAGCCGUACCCCAUGUACCCUGCAACAACGUCGCUGCUCAACGUGGUGCCCAAACUCAAUGCCACAGGUCGAGACCUGCUCCAGAACCUGCUGAAGUGCAACCCGGUGCAGCGGAUCUCGGCCGAGGAGGCGCUGCAGCAUUCCUACUUCACCGACUUCUGCCUCCCGUAGAGACGCCCGGAGCCGGGCCUGCCGGCUAGCCUCCACCCUGCUCCACUGGCGUGUGGGGGAGGGGAUGUCCCGGGGCCGGGCCUGCCGGCCAGCCCUCCCCCCUGCUCCACCGGCGUGUGGGGGAGGGGAUGUCCCGGGGCCGGGCCUGCCGGCCAGCCUCCCCCCUGCUCCACUGGCGUGUGGGGGAGGGGAUGUCCCGGGGCCAGGGCACUGGGUGAUGGGCACGGCCCUGUGUCCCACCCCCCACCCCCUCCCCCAAGGUAUUUAUUAGGUUUUUAACCCAUUGCAGCGCCUGGUUUUCUACCAGUCUCUGCUGGGACUCCAUGGACAGGAGCCAGCCCCCUCCUUGCCCUGCUGCGAGUGCUCAUCGCCCCGGUACCCUGCAGCGUCACCGGCCUCCCACGGGACAGGGACGGCCCUGGGGUUCCCGCGGGGCACAGGAAAGGGGGGAGCCACUGCUGUCGCUUCCUUUGCCGGGGAUCCAGGGGCAAGAGACAGCUCCUGCUGGGCUGGCAUGGGACGUGGUGCCCCCGGCGCAGGCUGCCCCUUCUUGCCACGGCCCCCACAGGCCCCUGGGUGGGGCCCCCCUCCAGCUGGGACUCCUUGGGGGGCCGGGCAGCUUCCCUCCCCCUCGUACCGUGCUCCUGUGUGGCUGAUGGUGUAUGUUUAAUUUCAUAAACUGUUCCCCUCCCCCA